AUGAGUCGGCCAUCACUCGCGCGCGAGGAGAGGCAGCGGGAGCGGGAACAGAUGAAAAGAGAACGCGAUGUCUUACUGCUCUACGGCUCGGCCUUUGCCAACAUCCCUUACAUUGAACAUGUGCCGAAACAUUGCCCACGGCUGGCUCCAGAUGCUGUCCUUACAGCCCUGUGCAAACUGGCCGCCAUCCGACUCAAUGCCGAACGAUGCAUGGUCUCGCUCCUAGACGAAGAAAGCGGUCGCCAACACUGGCUUUCUGAAGCUACGCGCGAUCUUGCACUUCGUCCAGAGAUGCCAGGAGAUGCGCCCGAGACUCUUUGGUUGGGAAACGUGAGUACUCCACGAAGCUGGGGCUUGUGUAAAGAGCUGCUGAGCUUGUCCCCCGAAGACGAACCAGUCUUCUCCAUCGACGAUCUUACCAAAGAUGGAAGAUCCACCUUCCGAGACCACAUCAAGGGCAUCCCUGAGAUGCAUUUCUUCGCUAGCACGGCGCUCAAGAGUCCCAAUGGUUGCAUCGUCGGCUCCAUGUGUGUCUUUGACAGCAAGUCACGUGAUGGGUUAACCAAAGAAGAGGUUGUUCUCUUGCGGGGUCUAGCAGCCACCGUCAUGGACCAUCUUCAUACAUACACGGUCCAGGAUUGUUACCGGCGCGGGGAGCGCUUCACUCGCGGCCUCGUCUCAUUUGCCGAAGGCGCUGCAGUCAUAUCGCCACUCGACACAGGCAGCAACAUCGAUCCCACCCAGAAAGAUGCAACGAAUGUAGUACAUCUACAAAGCACCUCGGCCCCUUCACCUCCUAGACCUGACGCGUCUAAACUUGCCAUGCCCUCCGUCGACACGAGUAUCGCUGCAUCUCCCGAAGGGACUGCGAAGCCUACCUCCCCACCUACCUCGCCAGUGUCCAAAACCCGCAGCGAAUCUGUCCGAAAUCAGGCUAUAGGGAAACUUCAAAACAAAAUCUUGCCCAUGAACGCAAAGUCCAUGUUUUCACGAGCUGCCAGUAUUAUGAUGGCUUCCAGCGAUCUCGACGGAGUGCUUAUUCUCGACGCCUCAGUCGCUGCCAAUUACCAGCGACACGGCCCAUGGGGCUUUGCGAAUGGCACUGACACUCCUUAUGAGUCCGACAUGUCGAAAAUGCCCUCUAGUGACAGCGCAAGUGGUACCGAUGGAAUUGCCUCGAACUGCGCUUCGUCUCGUUCAAGCUCAAAAAAAUGUCAAGUGCUUGGAAUGGCGACCUCUGACCGGACUGGCGAGGUACAGCUCGCAGAUAUUCUCGAAGCAGACCUUGGACGACUUCUCCAGGAAUUCCCCAAUGGCAAAAUCAUCACUUUUACUACCAAUGGUCUUAGUCUGUCUUCAAAUGAUGAUAGCUCAGAUCUGUCUGGUGCUAAUGGUGUAAAACCCUCGCAAUCUGGGGAGCCACCGAAGCGAACAGCCAGUCAAAAAUCACUAAGAGGAUCCAAAGCCGUGCAAGCAAUGUUUCCUGGUGCUCGUUGCGUCGCCUUCGUACCAUUCUGGGACUAUGAAAGGUCGAGGUGGUUUGCGGGGUGUUUGUGUUGGAGCAACAAUAUUAGGCGGCUACUGUCGCCAGCUGUGGAUCUCGCGUAUCUCAAGAUAUUCAGCCACUCAAUCAUGAGGGAACUCUCACGCCUGGAUGCGAGGGCUUCAAAUAUGCAUGGCAUCCUCGGCGCCUUGGAAUUCAUCAAAGACACGCCCUUGGACAUCUUUCAGACUAGUAUGCUGAACUCACUCAAUGCCUGUGGGACGACCCUACUUGACACUAUCAACCACGUCAUGGAUUAUGCAAAACUCGGUGAAGCGAGACAAAGCAUCUCUUCCAAGCGACUGCUGGACGGGAACACGAUACGACUUUCUUCAAAACCAUUGAAGAUCCGAAGAAACAAAGCGCCUGCUUUCGAUCUGAGCAUUGCGACAGAAGAGGUCGUGGAGGCUGUCUUCAGCGGCUCGACAUACGUUCCCGUAACUUCUAAGCUCCUGGAUGCCGCGGAAACUCCGACAUUCGAAGCCUCAGAUCCAAUGCCGCAACGCAAGUCAUGCUUUAUCGUCCUCGACCUAGCUUUCGAAGACGACUGGGUCUUUGCAUUCCCGGUGGGUUCUUGGAGAAGGCUUGUUAUGAAUCUUUUUGGAAAUGCGGUGAAAUACACCUCAUCAGGAUUUGUUCAUGUCUCCCUACGAGUCAGCCGUGGGGCAGAGAACUCAAGUGCGGCUACUAGUGUCACGCUCACUAUAAAGGAUACCGGUGCCGGUAUAAGCCCAACUUUCCUUGUUAACGGAGCUUUCCAAGCCUUUUCACAAGAAGAUACACAUGCCGUUGGAACUGGUCUCGGCCUUAGUAUUGUCAAGCAAAUCAUCGACAUCAAUGGUGGAAAUGUUGACAUCCGCAGUGAACUGGCGGUCGGGACCGAAGUUACGGUCAAAGUUGCACUACCUAAGCCAGACAGAUCCAUCACAGGCAAUCCCGAGCGUUCACGAUUUUUAUCGUUUUUACCGCGUUUGAAGAGCCGAAGGAUAUGCAUCCUGCACAAGAAGUUGGAAUUGGUCGAAGCGCGGACUCAGUCGCCGGAAGACGAGGGCCUUCAACGCUUCAUUAGUUCUCUCGCAAGGACAUUAGAGGACCAUUUGCACAUGGACGUCACACUCACCACAGAAUGGGAGGGACACGGUGCAGAGCUGGUGAUCUGCCCAGAAGUCUCCUUCGACUACCUUGCGGCAAUCAGACGUGACCGAGUAUCGGCCCACCGAGCUUCUCGCCGAGCUCCCGUGGCCAUCUUCGUCGCUAGGGAUAGUCUAGAAGCUGCAACCCUUCGAUCCGAUGAGCGAGUCUCAAACAGAGAAUCGGUAGUCAAGAUCAUGACUCAACCAUGCGGACCAUAUAAGCUGGCGUACGUGCUCGACGCCUGCCUUGAUCGCUUCGCACAUCCCGAGGAAAACACCGUGAGCCCCGGAAACCUCUCCACCCCGCCUGCGCAAAAUCUGCUAGAGACGCAAAUACGAGAAGACCCCUCGACAAUACUCAAGUGGCUCUACAUAGACGACACCUUGCCGAGAGCUACGCCGAAUACUCCUCUAUUGUCAGCUGCUGGGACUCUUUCUACAGCCGGGUCAGCGGCGAACAAAGUCCGACCCAGCCUCAGCGAAGAAGAACCAAUUGUCUCCCACAUCCUAAUCACAGACGACAACCCGCUCAAUCGGAAACUCCUCGUUACCUUCAUGCGCAAACAAUGUCUCCAAUACCAAGAAGCCUCAAACGGCCUCGAAGCCCUCAAAGCCUACCAACAAGACGCUUCGAAAUUCGAAGUCAUCCUAAUGGAUAUGUCCAUGCCCAUAAUGGACGGUAUGAGCGCCACGCGCGCCAUCCGCGAAUUCGAAAACGAGCUCAACCUCCCGCGGUGCUCCAUCAUUGCUCUCACGGGCCUCACAUCCGCCAGCGCGCGGCUGGAGGCCUGGCGCUCGGGCAUCGAUCACUUUAUGACGAAGCCUGUCAACUUCAAGAUGCUGGGGAAAUUGCUGAAGAAAGAGGAGGAAAGACGGGUAGAGCGCGUUAGAGCAGGCAAAGAAGACAUGGGUAUCGUACGAGAUGUGCAGGAUUUGGAGGUGGAGAAUGAGGUUGCUUUGCCCAAGGUGUGA